GGCUAAUUAGACUUACCAAAAACUUCAGAGUAACCACAGGCAACAGAAGCACCACAAAACUACCACAAAAAUGUCGAAAUUCAUCGUUUUCGCUUUGGUAAUUGCCACCGUCUGCCUUAUCCUGGUCAGCGCUGCCCCCGCUCCUGAUGCCCAGAUUCUUGACGCUCAGACGGCCAUCAACAAGAUAAUCGCUGCCUAUAAUCGCAUUCCAGGACGCUCCAUUGUCCAUCCCUGGGAGGUGGCCACGCUCAUCGACCCCAACACAUUUGUGCCACGCUCUUACUAUUGAAUAUUCCCGAUUUCUGUUGACCACCAUAUGUUGUGUUUUUUGCCUAUUGCACUUAGUUUUAAACAUGAAAAGAAUAAAAUAAUAUCUUUAUAAAAUCAAAA